GCUGCGUGCUGCACAGCGUCAGUGUGCAAUAUGCAAGCCAACGGCAACCUCGACGACCGCCAGAGCGUCCUGCAAGAGUGGUUCGCUGCUCUUGCCGCAGACAGCGAUCGCAAGUCGGAUCUGCCCUUUGACACUACCGCGCCGAUCGACGAGGAGGGUAACACGGCGCUGCAUCAUGCGGCAGCGAUCGGGCACGAAAAGGCCAUUCGCUUUCUUGCGCCGCGCAUGUCCGACUUGGACGUUCUCAAUACGGAGGGCGUGACGCCGCUGUACGUUGCCAUCAGCAAUACGCACGCGUCUUGCGCAUUGCUCUUGCUCGAGCACGGCGCCAGUGCCAAUGGCCGCACCGAGGAGUCGCCGAGUCUGCUCUACAUUGCGUGCUUUCAUGGCUUGAGUGACGUGGUGUGCCGUCUUGUGGCGGCGGGGGCAAAUGUGCACGUGGUCGUCGAGGGCGACUGUACGCCACUGACAGCACUGGCUGCCCUCGACAAGCGCAUCGACAUUGCCCCCAUGGUGACGGCCCUCGUUGCGGCUGGUGCCACCAUUGGACCGAAUCCCAAACGCGUCGUCCGGUGGUUGGCACGCAAUCUCGUCCGGCUGCGUCUUCUGAUGCCACACGUUUUGCGCGCCGACGACAUUGAGCCGGCGCUUUUGGACUACAACGUGCCACUCUUGCAGCUCUACAUCGAGAUGGGGGGCAACCCCGAUGUGUGCGUCGACGUUGACGACGUGUACGUUGGUGAUACCAAGGUCCAUCGCGUGCGUCUCCUGUGUCACUUGCUGCGCCGAGGCGACCGCGACGGCGCGUGCUUUCUUGCGCGAUACUCGGAUGUCAACUACAUUGACGAGUAUGGGGUCAUGGCCGAAACCUCGGCCCUGCGCGCCGCCAUCAGUAACCGUGUCGACGCGUCGGUGCUCGAAGCGCUUCUGGCCCACGCCAGCCAUCCGCCGCCGCAGUACUACAAUGGCGCGCUCAAGGUGGCUCUCCGCGAGGGAGGCAGCGUCCCGGAAGACACGUUCAACUUGAUAGCGUCCAAAGCCGACAUGACGUCCGAGCCCUUCUUGGCCAGCAACGGCUAUUACUUUGAUGGCGAGUGCGUUCGUCGGCUCCUCCGCGUGGGCGCCGACCCGACGAUGCGCAGUGCCGAGGGGUACUCGGCGCUUUUUAUGGCGGCACAGUACAAUGGCGACGGCGCGGUGCAGCUCUUGGCGCCGUUCGCCACUACCGACAUGAUUGCCGAGCGACACGAUGGAGAGUCCAUUCUCGACGUCGUACUCAAGCAGCAGCAAUGCCGCCGUAUGCUGGUGCCGCUACUGCAUGCGGGGUUUCCUCAGCCGCAUAACCUCCCAAUCGAGGCGCUCUACUGGCACCCAGCCAACGUCGGCAGCCACACGGCUGCCGCGCACCACCUAGGAUUGGCACCAUACGUACUGCGUCCAGCCUACGCUCGUCUUGAGCUCCAGUACAUGGCAGUCCUCUCAGCGGUGCUUGACGAUCCCAACUGGCUCAAGGCACCGCUACCGACAACCAACUUGGCGCCAGACGGCCUCGCCUUGCUGCGUGCCGAGGUGGCCUAUCUCAAGACCCAGAAGACUAGCGGGUUCACACCAAGCACGUCGCGUGGCGUCUUCUUCAAGGACGACCCGAAAAUCGCUGUUCUUCACCGAGCGCUGCAAUACCAGCUCGCACCCCUUGAAGCCGCAGCACAGUGGCACGACCAUCGUCUCGACGUUGUCGACCCCGCCAUGUAUGGUGCCGUGUAUGGUCACACGCAGUACUCGUUUGAGCCACACCGCGGUCGACUCGGCGUGCCGACGGAGACAGUGUGGCACUCGGACAUCGAGUACUACAACCUUGCGCCGGUCACAUGCUUCACGCAGCAGUUCUUGCCGACGAAUGUGGCGUGGGAUGCUGCGACCGGCCGCGCAACGCUGAAGAGCUACGUCAACAACGUCCCACCGUCGAUGUGCGAGCUGUACGAGACGCUGACGGCCUCGCUUUCGUUCGUGCUGCCGCUGCUUCACCACGUCGAGAGCACUCCGCACGACGAUCAACCGCGCAUUCGUCUCUCGCAAACGGCGUCGCGCCGACUCAAGGGCACAAAGCCACCCGUGUUACCGAGCGUCAAGGGUUUUGAGUUUCCUCGCAUCGCGACAUGGGACACAGACGUGCCAUCGCAGCGUCAAGUGCUUUGCGGCGUGCAGUGCUAUCGCACAAUUUUGCCCGGACUUCCGACCGUCACGGCCUGGCAACGGCCGACAAGUGCCAUCAACGAAGCCAUUGGUACCACUGCCCUCGUCUUGUACGACGCUCGCAAUGUCACGGCUCGUGUCGAGUUUGCCCAGACAUUUGCAGCAACCAACACGUGCCCACGCCCCAGCGAUCCCAGCACCGAGGUACUGUGCCGGAAGCGCAACGUCGUUCAGUCCCAGACGACAGGCGCUGUCACGCUCUCUCCAAGCCGCAUCGUGUUCUUUGACUGCGCCACUGCCUACCGCAUCGUGCUGUCGCCGAUCGAUGCCAGCCAUCCGGGCCACUGCAAGGUCCUCUCGUGGGCGUUUGUGUCGAAGGACAUGGACCCGCUCUUGUCGACGGCCGAGGUCUACCCGCAGCAAAAGCACUGGUUCUACGACGCAGUUCAAGGCUCUCGCUUGGCGACGCUCCCGACGGUUGUCGUCGAUCACGUGCUCUCGUUUUUCGGCGAUUUCAUUUUGGACGACGCCAAAGCUCAAGCCAUCGCCAACGCCAGCAAGGCGACGCGCUGCGAGAUGCUCACACGGCUCAUGGGCGACGUUGCGCGGGCCUCGUUGGUAGAAGAAUGGCAGCGCUAGACACAUUGUCUGUCCAUACUAACUGUGUUUUCUAAAUGGCUGCCGCUGCCCAAUCCUUGAGGUGCUACGACGCACACAGC